AUGAUUGCAUACCGAGAAAAACCAAAUGUUUUCCAGUCUUUGAAAUGGACUCAAUUGAUCUUUUCAUUUGUGGUUUUCAUCCUUGAAAUGAUCCAGCUUGGAUCAAAUACAAGUUUAUCUAACAAAAAUCUUCAACAACUUGCUCCAUUUAUCAGCAUUUCUGGUGAAAAACUAUUUGUAUACUUUGCUUUUUCGCUCAGUAUCUUCACUAUCGCAAUUUAUCUUGUUAAAUUCAAGACAAUUUGGUCUCGUAAAAAUGGUCCAUUUAUUUGGCUUGAAGUAUCAUUAUUGAUGCUUUGGUUCGCUGGAUCAAUAAUAAACUCGAUGAAAAUUUUCAUGAAUUAUCAUUCUGAAAUAAUAAAUUCGACCGACAAGCUUCCACAAGAAGCAUUUACAAGUUUCAAUGCAUACAUUGCAUCAAUGUUUUUUUCGUGGUUGAAUGUGAUCUUGUUCAUGGUGUCGUUAUUCAUGACCUAUAAAGUUAAUGUUGAAAAAUCAAAAAUUAACAGUCUACGGCUUCGCCAACAAGCAAAAACUCGUAACGUCAAAGUGAUAAAAUAUUCUCGAAAUUCGGAACAGAAACGUGUCACUUUUAUUCGCAACAACGAGAAAGAUGUUAAAGAAAAGCAACCAUAG